AUGGCUUCCCUCCAAAACUCCAACUUCGAAACCCAGAUUCCAGCGGAAAUCCUUGUAGCUCGCGUUGCUCAAAUUCAUGGUAGCAUUUCCAAGCUUGAGUCCCUUACGCCAUCAAAACAAGUUAAUAGCCUCUUAACUCACCUUGUGAAAUUAUGUACCCUUCCUUCGGAUAUAGACAUCGAGGCCUUACCCCAAAAGGUGCAAGACAUGCGUGAGAACCUCAUAAUUCUAUCUGGUCGCGCUGAAGGCUUGUUAGAGCUUGAAUUCGCGACAUUUCUAUCCAAAAUUCCCAAACCAUUGAACAAUCUCAAUCUCUUCCCUUAUUAUGACAACUAUGUCAAACUAGCCAGUUUGGAGUAUAGAAUUCUUAGUGAGAAUGGUGUGGUGCAACCAAAGAAGGUAGCCUUUGUUGGCUCAGGUCCAAUGCCUCUCACCUCUAUUGUAAUGGCUACUCAUCACAUGAAAUCUACUCAUUUCGAUAACUUUGAUAUUGAUGAAGCAGCGAAUGAUGUGGCUCGCCAGCUAAUUGCAUCCGAUGUUGAGUUUGAGAAGAGGGUGAAGUUUGUGACCAACGAUAUAAUGAAGGUAAGAGAGAAGCUUGGGGAUUAUGAUUGUAUAUUUUUGGCAGCUUUGGUUGGGAUGCGCAAAGAAGAGAAAUUAACGAUUGUUGGGCACAUAGGGAAAUACAUGAAGGCAGGAGGGUAUUUGCUUGUGAGGAGUGCCAAAGGAGCUAGAGCAUUCUUGUACCCUUCCUUGGAGCAGCAUGACUUACCGGGUUUUGAACUACUUUCAAUUUUUCAUCCCACAAAUGAAUUGAUCAACUCGGUCGUUCUCGUGAGGAAGCCCGUUUCUCCAAAUUAAGCUCUCCUUCUUAUUAAAUGGAUGGUUAGGUCUUUCUAUUUCUACAAGCCCAUAUCAUAAUUAGGGUGUCUAUCGCAAGUAAGCAAUGUGUUGUCCUUUCUUGUUUCGAGCUUGCCCUGUUCUUUGUUUUAAUUUCUUGUUUCAAUUAUGUUAUUUUUGUAUUUCCUUUGUUACUAGUUUGUUGCAAGGGUUAUUAGUAUUUUAUCAAUUUUUAUUUU